AUGAGCUUGACGGUGCAGUCUGAAAAUAAGGUGUUCGACGGCGUCUUGACCAAGUACGCCUUUACGUCGUCGGCGCUGGGCGGACUCGAGACUAAGGUGAACGUGUACGUGCCGCCGAAGACGAGUGCGAGCGCCAAGGCGCCGGUGCUCUAUUUCCUCUCGGGCCUGACGUGCACCGAAGACAAUGCCGCGCAGAAAGGUAGCUUCUUUGAGGCGGCGGCUAAGGAGGGCAUUGCCCUCGUCUUCCCAGACACGAGCCCCCGCGGCGCAGGCAUCGAGGGCGAGGACGAGAGCUACGACUUUGGCACGGGCGCGGGCUUCUACUUGAACGCGACCAAGGCGCCCUGGAGCAAGAACUACCACAUGUACGACUUUGUUACCAAGGAGCUUCCGCAGAAGCUCAAGGAGUCGGAUAUCCCGCUGGACCACGCGCGCACCUCGAUCACCGGCCACUCGAUGGGCGGCCACGGCGCGCUGGUCAUUUACCUUCGCGAGCUCGGCACCUACCGCUCGGCGUCGGCCUUUUCGCCGAUCUGCCACCCCACAGCGUGCCCGUGGGGCGAAAAGGCAUUCAACGGCUAUUUGGAAGGCGGUGUCGAGGCGGGCAAGGCGUACGAUGCGACCGAGCUGCUUGGUAACCUCGACGCUUCGGCCAAGGUCGACAUCUACGUGGACUGCGGCCUGGCGGACAACUUUUACAAGCAGAACCAGCUGCAGCCCGAGGCACUGGUCGAAGCUGCGAAGAAGAGCAACAAGAGCUCGGUCGAGGUGCACCUGCGUGAAGGCUACGACCACAGCUACUUCUUCAUCAGCACGUUCGCAGGCGACCACGUUCGCUACCACGCCAAGUUCCUGCAUGCCUAA